AUGAAGACGGAGACGGCGAUCUCGGAUCUAAUUCUGAAAUGCGAAGAGCAGGGUAUCCGGCUGCCAAAGGACCCUUGGCAUGCGCUUCGCGUGACAAUUGCAGCCUUGCAGAAAACUAAAAAUCAAGCGCUGGGAUAUCUUCAGAUUUCAAAAGCUCUCGAUCAACUAGAAAAUGAAUUGAGCAACGAUGCUGAGGCAAUGGAUAAAAUUGCAACAAAGACACUUUCAUCUCGACCAGCAUUGGUCUCAAAACGCUCACUUGUGCAGGAGAGGCCCACAACAACCCAACGUGAUGCCAUAGCAAGCGAUAAAUACGACCACGACUUUCAUGAACAGGAUCGGGCGGCGACUGCUAAGAUUUCUAUUGCUAGUGGAAUGAAAAAGACGAAACGUUUUAAGAAAAGUCGCAUUCAAGAGCAAGCGGAGGCCACGCCUGCCGUGCGAGAUGAGAACCAGUCACUUGUAAACCAACUUGUGAAAUUGGGUGAGUACGAAAUGAUCAAUGGGUACACACAAAGAGGACUUGCUCGUCUCCGAGCAGCGAAAGAGAUUUGUGGCAGUCCACAUGUCAUCACUUCAGGAGCUCAAGCAAAGAAACUAGAUCACGUGGGCCCAGUCGUGGCUACUAAGGUGGACCAAUUACUGAAUGAGGGACUUGCUGCAGCUUUAAGCGAUCACUUACGCAAUUACGACAAAUUUUGGGCACAGCGCUCGCUCGCUGACCUUGUGACUAAAUGUGAAGCUGCGAACAUCAACCUUCCGAAGGAUCCUUUAGAGGCACGUGCUGAAGCAGUGGAAGCUAUCAUGCACUCGAAACAGAAUGGAAAGAUCAAUCUGAAAUACGCACAAGAUAUGCUUCAACAAAAGUUUGGCCUCGGCUGUGAGAGUAAACAGCGUAUAAAAAAUGAUGAAGCAAAACGACUACUUCGUUUUCAUUCACACAAGAAAAAAGUCAAGAGCGGUGGAGAUGUCGAGCAAAGUUUGAAGGAAGAGAAUUCGAGUAGCAUCAGGCAAAGGGCAUUGACUGUAUCCAAACGCUCAGCUAUUGGCCAAGAUCAGGACGUUUUUGCUGUCAAGGCCUCAAAUGAUGUCAAUGAUGCACUCCAAAUUCUUCAAGGUGAUGUAGUAAGCGUAACAGAGAAGGGGCGACUUUCGGCGGAAAGAAGAGACGCAUCAGAAUUUGCGAAAAAUAUGAUGGGCGACCAUAAUUACGGAUGCAUUGGUCAAGGUGAACCCACACUUUUUGAAACGUAUGAUUUGGACGGUCAGAAUAACAACGGCAGUGGUAACAGUGACGAUUAA